AUGGAAGCGGAGCAGGAAUGGAUCCGAGCCGAACCGGGUCAGUCCACGUCACGUCGAGAAACGAGAGACAGCAGCAGCCAGACGGACAGCAGGCUCCACGGGCACGGCCCCAGGUUGUCAAAGGUGAACCUGUUCACCUUGUUGAGCUUGUGGAUGGAGUUGUUCCCUCAGGAGCAACAAGAGGAAGCUGAAAACAGCCAAAUCCGUAGGAUUGGUCUGGUGGUGGUGCAGGGAGGGAAGGUGGUGGGACUCCACUGUUCGGAAGCUGAGCUCCAUGCGGGACAAGUGGCCAUCAUCCAGCACGGAGCCGGCCUGGCCGGCUGCCAGCUGCACUUCUCCCGGAGGCCUUGCGCUACUUGUCUCAAGAUGAUCAUCAAUGCUGGAGUCAGUCAGGUCUCCUUCUGGCCUGGAGAUCCAGAGAUCAGCAUGCUGAGGUCUGCCCCCCCAAAACACACAGACCCCCACGGCCCCGCGUCUCCCUACAUGACGGAAGAAGCGGCGCUGGACGCCGUCGCCGUGGAGAAGCUGAAGUCCAACAGCCGUCCUCACAUCGGCGUUGUACUGCAGCCGCCGGCGCCGGGCCUUCUGCAGUUUGUCAAGGAGACGUCUCAAGGGAGUGACUUCGUGGAGAGGAUGGCGGAUGAUGACCCGGAGCUGAACGUGGAGGAGCUCUUCGACAGAGAACGCUUAAGAAACUUCAGAGAUUUCUCCGAACGGUUCCUGGGGGAAACGUCUCAGCAGCACAAGCAGAUUCUGAUCCGGAUGGGCCUGGAGAACUUCUGUGUGGAACCCUACUUCUCCAGCCUGAGGAACAACAUGACGGAGCUGGUGGAGGUCCUAGCUGCGACGGCUGCUGGGUUGCCGCGGCAACACUACGGCUUCUACAGGGAGCCGUCCGCGGCCUCGCCGACCCCCCAGCACGGACCCGUGUCCCAAGAGGUGUCUCGCCAUUGCAUCAUCCUGGCCAGGUUGCUGGCCUACAGGACGGAGGAUCCAAAGGUGGGAGUGGGUGCCGUUAUCUGGGCUAAAGGGCGGUCGGCUGGCUGCUGCGGAACCGGACGCCUGUUCUUGGUCGGCUGCGGGUACAACGCCUACCCCGCAGGCUCGAAGUACGCCGAGUACCCCCAAAUGGACGACAAGCAGGAGGACCGUCAGAGACGCAAGUACAGAUACAUCGUCCACGCCGAGCAGAACGCCCUCAGCUUCAGGGUGCGGGACAUCAAACCGGACGAGGACACCGUGCUGUUCGUGACCAAGUGUCCGUGCGACGAGUGCGUCCCUCUGAUCAGCGGGGCGGGCGUCUCGCACAUCUACACCUCCGAUCAGGACCGGGACAAAGACAAGGGCGACAUUUCCUACCUGAGAUUCAGCGGUCUGAAGGACAUCGGCAAGUUCAUAUGGCAAAAGACUCCUUCAGCUCACCUCACCAACGGUUGUGUUGGGAAGCACAGCAGGCCGGCUGAGCAGGAGAGUCCCAGAAACAAGAAGCUGUGCACCAGAGAGGCGCGCUGAUUCAUCUACAGCCACUCGUCCUCCGGGAAACCGCUAAAACCACGUU